AUGGGAUGCUUUGAUUCCUUAGGAUAUAUCUACCUUGUAAUUGUUAAUGGACUAUUUAUGUUAUUUGCCAUUCUGUUGAUCGUCCCGGGGGCUGUGAUGCUGGCAGACAUCACAUACGUGAAUGAGAAAGUGGUUCCGCUGAUGAAAACCAUGUCAGUGGGGAGCUUUAACGCGGCGGACCUCGCCGACGGGCUGGCCAUUACUAUGGUGGUCAUAGGGGGUCUCAUCCUCGUCAUAGCCACCCUGGGGAUCUGUGGCGCCUGCAAGAAAGCCAAGGGUUGUCUCUGUGUGUAUUCCCUCAUUGUGUUGAGUCUGCUGGUUGGUAAAGUCAUCGUUGUGGUCCUGUGGGUUUUGAUGAAUGCAGAGGUACAGUCGUACUUAAAAUCUCAGUUGUUGUCCCAGCUAACGAAUAAAUACUCGGCGGACGACCUAACAACGGACGAGAUAUCCACAGCAUUCAACUUCCUGUUUAUGACGCUGGAGUGCUGCGCAGUAAACGCAGUGACGGGACAAACAAACGAUUUUGACAACACCCCUUGGAUAGCUGGAGCCGGAAGUAAACACAUUCCCAUCUUUUGCUGUUCCGGUAUAGACGCCAAUUCUGCUGGCGCCACCUACACGGCCUGUACAGACAACGUGAGUGCGGGUUACUACAGCAUUGGCUGCUACGACGCUUUUUAUAAUCUUAUUAUGAAAUACUCGAUCUACUACAUUGCCGUUGGAGUAACAAUACUUAUAGUCGAGGUCCUAGGGGUUAUAUUUGCCUGCUGUAUGUGCAAAAAAAUCGGCAAGACGGAAAACGGAAAAGUUUAAGGGACAACUGAAGGA